CUUCUCCAGGAUGGCCACCGCCGGAAAAGUGAUCAGAUGCAGAGCUGCUGUGGCCUGGGCCGUGGGCAAACCGCUCUCUGUUGAGGAGGUGGAGGUUGCACCCCCAAAAGCCAGAGAAGUUCGUAUCAAGAUUGUGGCUUCUGGGAUCUGUUGCACAGAUGACGAUGUCAUAGGAGGUUUAUUUCCUAAUAUAGAAUACCCCGUUAUCCCGGGCCAUGAAGGAGCUGGGAUUGUGGAGAGCAUUGGAGAAGGAGUGACCUUUGUGAAGCCAGGAGACAAAGUCAUUCCUCUUUGCGUUCCUCAGUGCGGUUGGAAGACGAGGGAUUCUAUUCCCAAAUUAGCUACCGGCUAUUUAGAAAAGAAAUUCAACCUGGACUCGCUGAUCACGCACACACUGCCGGUAGCUGAAGUGAACAAGGGAUUUGAAUUGUUACGUGGGGGAAAAAGGUCAUUAAAUACAAGGCAGCGAGCAGCUGGGAAGCUGCAGUCUAUAGGGGAAAUGGAAGUUAAUAGAUGGAUUAGCCAGAGUGAAAACAGAGAAGGUGCCUUCAAAAGCAUCAUAAUGGAGAACAUGUCGAAGGAUCCCUUGGUUAUUAAAUGCAAGGCUGCUGUUGCCUGGGAGGCAGGUAAACCCCUCUCGAUUGAGGAGGUGGAGGUUGCUCCACCAAAAGCUCAUGAAGUUCGUAUCAAGUUAGUUGCCACUGCUGUCUGUCACACUGAUGCCUAUACGCUGAGCGGUGCUGAUCCUGAGGGAUGUUUCCCUGUGAUCCUGGGUCACGAAGGAGCGGGGAUUGUAGAGAGUGUUGGAGAAGGAGUAACAAAAGUAAAGCCAGGGGAUACAGUUAUACCUCUAUAUAUCCCCCAGUGUGGAGAAUGCAAGUUCUGUAAGAACCCUAAAACUAAUCUGUGCCAGAAGAUAAGAAUCACGCAAGGGAAAGGACUCAUGCCUGAUGGUACCUGCAGGUUCACCUGCAAAGGGAAGCAGAUUUACCACUUCAUGGGGACUAGCACCUUCUCAGAGUACACUGUGGUGGCUGACAUCUCAGUGGCCAAGAUAGAUGCUGCAGCACCCCUCGAUAAAGUGUGCCUGCUGGGCUGUGGCAUCUCAACUGGCUACGGGGCUGUUGUGAACACGGCUCAGGUGGAACGUGGCUCAACCUGUGCUGUCUUUGGAUUAGGAGGAGUUGGGCUGGCAGUUAUUAUGGGCUGUAAAGUAGCAGGAGCAUCCCGGAUCAUUGGCAUUGACAUUAACAAGAACAAGUUUGCCAAAGCCAAAGAGUUUGGAGCCACUGAGUGCAUUAACCCUCAAGACUUCAAGAAGCCCAUUCAGGAGGUGCUGGUUGAGAUGACUGAUGGUGGGGUCGACUACUCGUUUGAAUGCAUUGGUAAUGUGGGAGUCAUGAGGGCUGCCCUGGAAGCCUGCCACAAAGGCUGGGGAGUCAGUGUCAUAGUGGGAGUCGCUGCUUCGGGACAGGAGAUCUCCACCCGGCCGUUCCAGCUGGUAACGGGGCGCACGUGGAAGGGGACUGCGUUUGGAGGCUGGAAGAGUGUAGACAGCGUACCGAAACUGGUGACUGACUACAUGUCCAAAAAGAUCAAAAUUGAUGAGUUUGUGACACACAAUCUGCCUUUUGACAAAGUUAACGAAGCUUUUGAGCUGAUGCAUUCGGGAGAGAGCAUUCGCAGUGUCCUAAAGCUUUAGAGCAAAGUGUG